AUGUCAAAUCCAGACUCUCUACCUGCUAAGACCAGCAUCACCCCCAUAUCAUCAUCAUCGAGGCAAACAGCCCGCGCACUGAAUCUUACGUUCCUCUGUCUUCCGAAACACAUCCGUCGCCUCAUCUAUGAGCAGCUUCCCGCCCGCACCAAGUACAUUUCCGGUUACCGAGGCGAGUCCAACGACCAGGUAUACAAAAACAAGCCCGUCGUCAUACUCGUCCUGCGCUACGUCGAACGCACAAUUUUGCAAACUUGCCGCCAGAUCGCCACAGAAGCAGAACCAAUUCUCGAGAUCAAGACAAUGAAGCUCGGCCCACCGUGUCUUAUCGUUGCCGCAGAGUAUUUCCACCGUAUACCACAUGACAUACGAUUCCUGCGCCGGAUGCAAGAUGAUGAAUUAUGGCAACGGCUCAAAAUUACGAAGGAGCAUCGAAGCGACAAAGACCUGAAUGAUCAGCGCAUCCUGAUGUGGGCGAGGAUUAUGCAUUUGAACUUGCUCUCCUCGAAGAUCAUCCGUAUUGGCAUCUUCAUCAGGAAGUAUGAGCAGCUGGAGGAGGGAAACCCGUUUCUGGAGAAGCUAGCGGACAGUGCGAAGAAGAUUGAAGAGCAGCAGUGGGGGAGCAGCGGAAGUCGUCGUAGGAGGCCUUUGUACGAGGUCGCUGUGGAGUGGGAGGGUAGCACGAAGGCAAAUUCUGCCACGGAUACCUUGCUGGGUGAAGGUUUGCUGGCGAGUAGUGCGGUGAAUGGACACACAUUAUCCGUUUUUAUCAAGGGGGAGCACGCGUUUGAGCGCGAGGGCGACUAUAUCCGAGAUAAGAAGACACGUAAGAAGGUGGCUUAUGUACCGCGAAAGCCCAGUACCCAGGCCCAAGAACCGGGUCCAGGGGCGUCAGGCCAAGUUCCAGCCGCGAACCCAAACGCUGGAGGCUCUCAGCAACCUCCUGCACAGUUCGGCACCCAAAUUGGAGGAAGCAACAGGACGGUUGGUGGUUUUCAAACAGAUCAGCCGCAGUUCUUUGGGCAGGGGAGCAAUCGAUCAGGAGGAGCGGGGACGGUCAAUACAAAGUGGGAUGAUGGGAAGUGGAGCCCAAAGUGGGCGAUCGAACAUGCAAAGUGGUUCUAG